GAUCUCUGAACUCUUUCCCCCCCCUUUCCUGCUGCCGCCCUCCCACCGCUAUUUUCCUCCCUCCCCCGCCCCCUUUUCGUUUCCGGCUCUCCCGCCUUCUCCGCAAAACGACUGCUCAUUGAGGCUAUUGGGGAGGGGGCGGGGAGGAAAAGUGGGCGUGGAGGAAUUGGGGUUCCCGGGAGCACGAGCCGCAGCACCACUUCCGGUGCAUGCCCGCGCGCCCGGCCUCGCGUCCCCUGUCCCGCGCCCUGCGAGCCCUCCCACUCCCUCGGCUCCUUCCUUUCCCAGUGAACGCCGCCCCUCCCGCGCGCUGGCUCUGGCGCUGGCGCCGGCGCCGUCGCCGCCGCCUGAAAGUUCAGGAGCCCUGGAAAGGAGAAGGAAUAAGACGACAGGAGGAAGAGAGAGAGAGGGGAGAAUGGAAGAGUCUCACUUCAAUUCUAACCCGUACUUCUGGCCUUCUAUCCCCACGGUCUCAGGGCAGAUUGAAAACACUAUGUUCAUCAACAAGAUGAAGGAUCAGCUGUUGCCAGAGAAGGGCUGUGGACUGGCACCACCUCACUAUCCCACUUUGCUGACAGUGCCUGCCUCAGUGUCCCUGUCCUCUGGCAUCAGCAUGGACACAGAGUCCAAGUCAGAACAGCUGACCCCACACAGUCAGGCAUCUGUUACCCAGAACAUCACAGUGGUUCCUGUACCAUCUACAGGACUCAUGACUGCGGGAGUCUCCUGUUCUCAGAGGUGGAGAAGAGAAGGGAGUCAAUCAAGGGGUCCUGGUUUGGUAAUCACAUCCCCUUCAGGCUCUCUUGUGACCACAGCCUCAUCAGCUCAGACUUUCCCUAUCUCGACUCCCAUGAUUGUCUCAGCUCUUCCCCCUGGCUCACAAGCCCUACAGGUGGUCCCUGACCUCUCCAAGAAGGUAGCAUCAACCCUAACUGAGGAAGGAGGCGGAGGUGGUGGUGGAGGUGGCACUGUGGCUCCUCCUAAACCUCCUCGGGGCCGCAAGAAGAAGCGGAUGCUGGAAUCAGGGCUUCCUGAGAUGAAUGACCCUUACGUCCUUGCCCCUGGGGAUGACGAUGACCAUCAGAAAGAUGGCAAGACCUACAGGAGCGAAGGGAACUGCGGCACAGGAAAUGGACAGAGCCUUGGGCUCAUGGAUUCAGUUCCCGGCUCCACCACGAACUUGCUGUGUGACCCUGGGUGCCGGAUGUGCUCACUGACCUUCUACUCAAAGUCGGAGAUGCAGAUCCACUCCAAGUCACACACCGAGACCAAGCCCCACAAGUGCCCACACUGCUCCAAGACCUUCGCCAACAGCUCCUACCUGGCCCAGCACAUCCGUAUCCAUUCAGGGGCCAAGCCCUAUAGUUGUAACUUUUGUGAGAAAUCCUUCCGUCAGCUCUCACACCUGCAGCAGCACACCCGGAUUCACUCCAAGAUGCACACGGAGACCAUCAAGCCCCACAAGUGCCCGCACUGCUCCAAGACCUUCGCCAACACCUCCUACCUGGCUCAGCACCUCCGUAUCCACUCGGGGGCCAAGCCCUACAACUGUUCCUACUGCCAGAAGGCCUUCCGCCAGCUCUCCCACCUCCAGCAGCACACACGAAUCCACACUGGCGAUAGACCAUACAAAUGUGCACACCCGGGCUGCGAGAAGGCUUUCACACAACUCUCCAACCUGCAGUCUCACAGACGGCAGCACAACAAAGAUAAACCCUUCAAGUGCCACAACUGUCACCGAGCAUACACAGACGCAGCCUCACUAGAGGCUCAUUUAUCUACACACACAGUGAAGCACGCCAAGGUUUAUACCUGCACAAUCUGUAGUCGAGCAUAUACAUCAGAAACAUAUCUUAUGAAACAUAUGCGCAAACACAACCCUCCUGAUCUCCAACAACAAGUGCAAGCGGCAGCGGCAGCAGCGGCGGUGGCCCAGGCUCAGGCCCAGGCCCAGGCUCAGGCCCAGGCUCAGGCCCAGGCCCAGGCUCAGGCCCAGGCCCAAGCUUCACAGGCAUCACAGCAGCAGCAACAGCAGCAGCCACCACCUCCACAACCACCACACUUCCAGUCUCCUGGGGCAGCUCCCCAGGGAGGGGGUGGUGGGGACAGCAAUCAGAACCCUCCACCCCAAUGUUCCUUUGACCUGACCCCCUAUAAGCCGGCAGAGCAUCAUAAAGACAUCUGCCUCACUGUCACCACCAGCACCAUCCAGGUGGAACACCUGGCCAGCUCUUAGAGAUCCGUACUGCCAUCCAUUGGAAAGGGGAGAAGUCCUGGUCCCUCCUUUGUCAACUCUUCUUGGUGGGAAAGUUCUCUUCUUCCUUGACAAGUCCUGUCUCCAGCUCCUUGGGUCUCAGGCAUGGCUUUUCUUCGCAAGAUAACCAUCCUUAAUCUCAGCUGCUCCUGAUUGGCCAAGGAAUCCUGAGCUGAUAGUGUUAUCCAACAGCCCCCAUCCAAGCAGAGCUUUUAAAACUGGGGCUUGGUGCUUGAGAGAAGGAUCCGCUGUAACCUCACAUCUUGUCCAGUGUGUGGGCGAUUACCUUUCUCUCCAUCCUCAAAGUUGGGGCUGAUAGAAGACUAGUGGCUGGCCCUCCCAGAUAACAGAGAAGGAAGCUCUAAAUGUCGCCAGCCUUCCGUUCCAUGCUUACCUGUAAAAGAACAGAUUUUGCACGUGGCCUGAUCCCUGUGAGCCAUUUCCUUCCCCUUAACAUGGUCUCACUUCAUAUUGGGUGGUGACUAUACCUUUUUUAUUUGUAAGGGGGCAAUAGCUGAUACAUGGUCACCAAGGUGCCAGAGAUUCCCCAGGUGACCAACGGUGGCUAAGAGUGUGAGUUACCAUUUUUCCUUACAACCUCCUUCCUUCUCUGCCAACCAAGGGCCUAUAUACUCAGUCUCACUACCCCAGUCCAAGGAGCUCUGGGAGCUGUGUAAGCUGUGCUCUCUGCGAUGCCAUCUGGGCUUUGCAGAGAAGGGAGAAUUCAGGGCACACACAGGACUGGACUUAGCCUCCCUAGGUGCCACGGUCAGAUGCCGGACAUGGAUUUAUAUAUAAAUAUAUAUAUAUAUAAAUAUAUAUAUAUACCUGCUCAUCACGGCCAUCUUUGUUGUAACCAUUUCUGUGUUUAUAAAUGCAUUAUCUCUGAGAAUUUUCAUAUUGAUGUUUUAUUUUUGUCUUAUUUUUUUUUCUCCACCUUGUCCUCUGGCCAUGGCAUUUUAAUUUUCUUUUCCCUUUCAAUUUUUUUAAUCAUGGGAGAUUUCAGAUAAAAGGAAAUUAAAAUAAUCAGGAAUUAUACAGUUGUUAUAAAGCAAUUUAAAAAUGAAAAACUUAUGUACAAACUAAGGGGUGUUUUUAGAACAUUGUACAGAAAUAAAUUUGUGUUUAAGGAUGA